AUGUCCAAAAUCGCUUCCGGUUACGAUCCAGCUGCUGGUCCACGCACAACAGGAACUACGACUGUCAUCCGCCCGCGGUCAUCAAUAUACGAUAGGAACCUUCAUCGUGCAAGACACGAUAUCAGUGUGUCCAGCCUGAGCUUUCUGUUUAUGGAAAUGGUGUCGAUGAACCUGAACCAGGCAAAAAGCCUGAUCGAACUCGAGCGGAAAUUAAACAAUCUCGGAUAUUCCAUAGGCACUAAAGUGCUGGAGCUGGCCUCGCUACGUGAAAACUUCAGUAACAACCUCACGUCGUCGGGAAAAUCGAACAUGUCAAAACGAGAAAUCAAGGUCCUGGAGAUUCUGCAUUUCAUUACUUCUGUUAUAUGGCCCAGUCUAUUCGAAAAGCCGGCAGACAACCUGGAAAAAUCGUCUGAGUCCAACUGUCAGUACAUGAUCAUUGACAAUGCUCCUGUCUUGAUGAAAUAUAUCUCUGUGCCCAAAGAAUAUGAAGGACUUAAUUGCGAGGCCUUUGUGGCCGGCAUAGUGGAAGGAAUCCUUGACUCAACUUUCUUCAAGUGCGAGGUUAGUGCGCAUACAGUCCCAGUGGACGGCCACCUCGGCCGAACAGUAUAUUUGAUCAAUUUCGAUGAGGAGUUGAUCGCGCGUGAAACUCAAUAG